UGCGCUGCCAGUAAACGUAUUGCUGAGUUCAGGCACAUGCCGGUAAGUGAGUGAAGGAAUGUCGGAGAACCAGUUGUUGGGUGUAAACCGAAAGGGUGGGGAGAUUGCCUGGUUUCUCAACACAGUCAGCUCUCAGCAGUCAGUGUGUCUGUUCAGUGGUUGCAAGGAUAUCCGUGCCACACUGACCGACAAUGAACACCAUGCAGAAGCUGAUGGCUCACUGGAUGCGAUGUGAUGUCUGUGUCCAACUUCCUGAUGGUCAGCGGAUGGUCACUAUCCGGGUCAGGCCAAAUGACACCAUCAAAAGUCUCCGGCUACACUUGGUGAGGCAAGGAGUCACAUCCUGGAAGAUGGAUUUCACGUACAGAGGCAAUCAACUGGGAGAAAAUGAGACACUGGAAGAAAACCACAUCACAACAGGAUCAGUGCUUAUAUUAGUCAGGAAUGAAUGAGAGAAAAUCCAGCUCGUCUCAGCAAGGGACAAUGGCGAGAAAAGUCCACGUUGGUUUCAGAGACGCGGGAGCUCUGAGCAGGUAGAUAUUCUUCCAGAAGCUUCUCUGUCCCCUGACCAGGGUACCUGAGCUGAUCAAUCACCAGACACUGGCAAGAAAAGUCCACGUUGGUUACAUAGACGCGGGGAGCUCUGAACAGGUGGAUAUUCUUCCAGAAGCUCCUCUGUCCCCUGACCAGGGUACCUGAACUGAUCAAUCACCAGCAGAAACAAGUGACCAAGCCGGUCAGCAGUUCUCAUGCUAUUCCACUACAGACACAAGCGUUGACAUCAAUCAAGUGGGAAAUGGAUGGAUCUCAAAUGGAAUCCCUUCAGAGGAAGACUGCGUAUGUGGUGGUGACUGUGAAAAAACAAACUGUUGGUCAAUCUGUCUCUGGUCAGAAGGUGCCCCAUUCCAAACUGUCCCAGUGAAGAGAGAUUGGGCUGGUUUCCCUCGGGCAGAGAUGGGAACAUGAUUGAGAUGUGUAACAUUAUGAAGGUCGUGGAUAAGAAAGAUCCUUUCCCCUUGAUUGAGGGAUCAAUGAUCAGGGGCACAGGGGUUGGAAGUUUAGAGGGGAUUUGAGGAAGAGGGGUUUUUUUUCACCCAGAGGGUGGUGGGAACCUGGAAUUCAUUGCCUGUAAAGGUGGUACGGGCAGAGACCCUCAUAUUAUUUAAGAAGUAUUUAGAUGUACAUUUGAGAUACCAAGGCAUACAAGGCCAUGACCCAAGUCCUGGAAAAUGGGAUGAGAAUAGUUACAAGGCUGUUUUUGACCAGUGUGUUUAGGCCAAAGGCCUUUUUCUGUGAUUCAAUGACACUGGUACACUGAGUCUGGAAUCCCAGGUUAACAUCAAAUGUAAUUCUUUUGUUCAGCAAAUAUGGCUGUUUCCCCAAUAAAACUGUAUUACAAAUACCACCACUGUAAAGCACCAACCUCAACGAUUAUUGGAAUAGAGCUGUUACAGCCAGAGGAGGGCUGUUCAUGCUGUGAAUUGUGACGUCAAUUCAUGUCAUUCUCGCGGGGAAGACUGGGAACUUAUGAGCCACAUUAAAACCUUUCACCGAGGGGUUCUGUCACUGAGGUUUCUGUCAAAAGCUACUUGGACACAUGAGUGGAGUGAGUAAUCUCAGUUCCCAGUGUGUCUCAGAAACACAUUGCUCCUGUUGUGGUCAGGGAUCUCUGACUGGAGAACAGUGAGUGUUCACAGUGAAUCACUGGGCACUUCAGCUCAUUAUAUGCCAGCUGUGCCUGGGCAGGACAUAAAGAAAUUAAGAAACAAAAACAGAAAUUACUGGCAAAGCUCAGCAGGUCUGGCAGCAUCUGUGAACAGAGACCUUGUCCUGGUGAAGAGUCACUAGACUUGAAACAUUAACUCUGCUUUUUCUCCACACAGCUACUGCCAGACCUGCUGACUUUCUCCAGCAAUUUCUGUUUCUUGUUUGUUUCACAGCACCAGCAUCCACCGUUCUUUAUUUUAUUUCAAUUGAAAGUGAGAUCUGUGUUUCUCCACAGGCCAGAGCACGCUGUAUCACUCUGUAUUGUUCUUUGUGCUCUUGUGUACACACUGGUGUUGUUGAAAUUAUAUUUAAUAAAUUUGCUGAAAUAGAA